AUGUCCGAUCCGUUCCUCACUCGAGAGGGGCAUACUUCAAACAAGAAUCAUCCCUUCGAAGAAUUCCUCGAUGGUUGCGCUACAAAACCAGACCAAUUUCUGUCAGCGGAAACGGAAGGAGGAAGGGGACUGGAUGGUUUCUUUUCCAGAUACACUUCAGACGACAAAGAGGCUCCACCAUCGUUAACGUUGUUGGAAAUACCGGAGGGUCACAGACCAAGCCGCGAGGGAUUGAGUAGAAAGCUGAGCAUGCACUCGGUUGGAGGAGGAAGAGCACAACUAUCCACCGAAGAAGUCGUGAAGGUGGCUGCUGCUCUCUACAUCCAGGCUUCUGCUCUAGUGGCAGGACAUCCUACCAAUCUUAGGCUUCCAUUUGGGCUAUUGCUAUCGAGCCUUGGCGCUGAAGAUCUCAAGGGUGUUGAGCUUGUUGGCCUUCUACUGUCUGCAGCUGAGAAGGUGAGCAAUGAACAGUACAAUCGGGCGAAAGCUUUACUCAGCCAAUGCACCAGGUCCUCCUCAAAGUACGGUAGUGCAGUACAGAGGGUUGUGUACUAUUUUUGUGAUGCACUCCAAGAGAGGAUUGAUCGAGAAACUGGGGAGAUGUCGUCAAAAGGCAACAAGAAAAUUGGAGCUAUGAUGCCCCGAGAUUUAAUGAAGGCAGUGCUCACAAAUCAUCCAGUUCAAUUGAUUGCCAACAACACUCUGCCAUUUACUCAGGUCUUGCACUUCACAGCGAUCCAAGCUCUCUUAGAUAGCGUAGCGUCUGCAAGAAGGAUCCACAUAAUCGAUCUCUCCAUCAAGUAUGGCCAGCAGUGGACAUUCUUUUUACACGGCCUAGCAACAAGACGCUCACUCCCGAUAGAGUCAGUAACAAUCAGCGCAGUGGGAGCAGCAGAAGAGAUUCUUAGUAUGACUGGGAAAAGGCUCUGGAGCUUUGCUGAGAGUCUGAGUUUGCAUUUCAAGUUCAAGCCGGUGAUUAUUCCGGACAUGAAGGAGAUGACAGAAUCCAUGUUCGAGUUGGAAGUAGGAGAGGUGGUUGGGAUCUACACUAGCCUGGACAUGAAUAAUUUGAUCAUGAGGCCUGAGAGCUUGGAUAACGUUAUGAGAGUCUUUUGGAAACUAAAGCCGUGCCUCGUGACAGUCAUAGACGUUGAAGCUAAUCACAACUCACCUUCAUUCAUCAAAAGAUUCACCGAAGCCUUGUUCUUCUAUGGCGCCUACUUUGAAUGUUUUGAUUGUCUAAUGGAGAAGAGCGAUGAGAGGAGGUUGAUGAUUGAAGGAGUGUUAUCUCAGGGAAUGAAAUGCACAGUCGCGGCGGAGGGAAGUGAGAGAGUAGUGAGGCAGGUGGGGGUUUGUGUAUGGAGAGCGUUCUUCAGAAGAUUUGGACUCAGGGAGGCUGAUCUCAGUGAAUGGUCAAUGUACCAAGCUCACCUCCUUAUCAAACGCUUUGUUGAAGAUAAUUCAUGCACCCUGGCGAUGAACAGCAAGGCAUUGCUAGUUGGAUGGAAGGGAACCCCGCUGCACUUCGUUUCUGCUUGGAAAUUUCAGGAAGAGUAG